CAGCUCGGCGCCCAUGUGACCCCGCCGCCAGGUCGGGGCGCGACGGGACGCGCUGGGACCGGCGUCGGGGGGCGCGGGCGCGGCCCGGGGCGGGGGCGGCAUGGAGCGGAGGUGGGUCUUCGUGCUGCUCGACGUGCUGUGCGUGCUGGUCGCCUCUCUGCCUUUUGCCAUCCUGACGCUUGUGAACGCGCCGUAUAAGCGAGGGUUCUACUGUGGAGAUGACUCCAUCCGGUACCCCUACCGUCCAGACACCAUCACCCACGGGCUCAUGGCUGGGGUCACCAUCACAGCCACCAUCAUCCUCGUCUCUGCCGGGGAGGCCUACCUGGUAUACACAGACCGCCUCUAUUCCCGCUCCGACUUCAACAACUACGUGGCGGCCGUCUACAAGGUGUUGGGGACGUUCCUGUUUGGGGCUGCAGUGAGUCAGUCGCUCACCGACCUGGCCAAGUACAUGAUCGGCCGUCUGCGGCCCAACUUCCUGGCGGUGUGUGACCCUGACUGGAGCCGCGUCAACUGCUCCGUGUACGUGCAGGUGGAGAAGGUGUGCAGGGGAAGCCCCGCCAACGUCACCGAGUCCAGACUGUCUUUCUAUUCUGGACACUCCUCCUUUGGGAUGUACUGCAUGAUGUUCCUGGCGCUCUACGUGCAGGCACGGCUUUGCUGGAAGUGGGCGCGGCUUCUGCGGCCCACAGUGCAGUUUUUCCUGCUGGCCUUUGCUCUCUACGUCGGCUACACCCGCGUGUCUGACCACAAGCACCACUGGAGUGAUGUCCUUGUUGGCCUCCUGCAGGGGGCACUGGUGGCCGGCCUCACGGUUCGCUACGUCUCGGAUUUCUUUAAGUCCCGGCCCCCACAGCGCUGCCUGGAGGAGGAGGAGCUGGGACGGAAGCCCAGCCUGUCACUGACGCUGACCCUGGGUGAAGCUGACCGCAACCACUAUGGGUACCCGGUCUCCUCCUCUUGAGGCGGGGUCCUUCUGUGCAUCUGCGUGUUCAUGGUCCUGGCAGGGACCUCCGCUAGCCUGGUGGUGAGGGCUCCGGGUGCCCUGUGCUGGCCGCUGGUGGGCGUUCCACUAACCCUGCUUGCUGUGCACGGGACCAGGGGUCUGGGGGUGCACAGGGCAGCCCCGGCGUUUAAAAGAGGGACUUUGUCCUCUUUUCUCCCUUUUGUUGGAUUAGAGGGGGACCAAGAGACCCAGCUAGAUGCUGUUUUUUGUAAAGUGUAACGUAUGUGUGGACUUUGAGUAAAAUAGAGUGUUUGCUCGACAACCGAUGAUAGCCUCUAUUCCUUAUGGCCAUUCUGAGCACUGUUCGUACAGCAGAGGGGGAGACACUUCCUUGCUUGGGGCUCAGCUGAGCUCAGGAGUCAAAGUGGCUGGUGGCAAUGUUGCCCUUUGGAGAUGCGGGGAGAGUGGUACACUCUUUCCCUGGCCUCACCCUGUGUAUCUCUUCAUCUGGCUGUCAAUUCAUAAUUAUCACACCCUUUAAUAAACUGGUAAACCUAA